AUGCCACCAAGGAAAGCAGCACCAGGGAAGAAACAGAAGGACGUUUCAGAUGAUAGGUUCCAGGCAGUUGUGCUAACUGACUCAUUCCAGACGAGGUUCAUGCCCUUGACGGCAACGAGGCCGCGAUGUUUACUACCUCUAGCCAGCGUUCCCUUGAUUGAGUACACGUUGGAGUUUCUAGCCAAUGCAGAAAUCAAUGAAGUUUUCUUAGUUUGCUCGUCGCACCAUGAACAGAUUCAAGAGUACAUUGAAAACUCCAAAUGGAACAAACACAAUUCACCGAUACAGAUCACCUUGAUCAUGUCAUUAGAGUCGAGAUCGGUGGGUGAUGCAAUGAGAGAUAUCGAUAAUCGAGGCUUGAUCUCGGGCGAUUUCCUCUUGGUUUCAGGCGACGUUGUUACCAACAUUGAUUUCAAAAAGGUGUUGGAGUUCCACAAGUUGAAAAGCCAGCUGGAUAAGAACCACAUGGUGACCAUGAUUUUGAACAGAGCCUCGCCAUUGCACCGAACUAGAUCUCCGAUUGAACCAGCUACUUUUAUCUUGGACAAGAAAUCAGACCGAUGUGUUUACUACCAAGCGAUCCCACCAGUCAAUGGCAAAAACACCAGUGUCAAUGUCGAUCUUGAGCUAUUGGAAGACGAAGCAGCAGACGAUUUUGUAUUGAGAAACGACUUGAUUGAUUGUCAUGUUGACAUUUGCACUCCUCAUGUUCCUCAAAUUUUCCAGGAAAAUUUCGAUUACCAAAACUUGAGAAGCGAUUUCUUAAAGGGGGUCUUGACUUCGGACUUGUUGAGGAAAACCAUUUAUGCGUACAUUAGCGAAGAAGGCUCGGAUUAUUCGGCGAGAGUAGAGAGUUGGGAAACUUAUCAUGCCAUAUCGCAAGACAUUUUGGGCCGGUGGUGCUACCCCAUUCUGCCAGAUUGCAAUUUGGGCCAAGACGUUAGAUUUUCUUAUGAGUUUGACAACGUUUACAAGGAGGCAAAAGUAUUGUUGGCACAAUCUUGUAAAAUUGGCGCCUCCACCGCGAUUGGCAGAGAGUCUAAAAUCGGCGAAGGCAGCUCAGUCAAAGCCUCGGUGAUUGGAAGAAACUGUGUCGUGGGCAAGAAUGUUUCCAUUGCAAACUCGUACAUUUGGGAUAAUGUCGUGAUUCAAGACGAUUGCGUGCUAGAUCGUUGCAUUGUUGCAUCGGAGGCAGUAUUGAAGGAAAAUGUGCAUAUACAUCCAAACUCCGUGAUUGGGUACCGUGUCGUAAUUGGAAAAGGCGUUUCCGUGCCCCAGGGAAGCAAAAUCGCUGAAAAGAGGGUUAAGUUGUUGAAUGAUGGAGUUGAGUUUGGACAGGAUGGUGAAGGACAACAACAGGAAGAAGACAAACCCGAGAAUGAUGUUGAUGUUGUUGGCGAGGAUGGUGUAGGAGUAAUUUACUCAUCAGAUACCGAACUUAGCGACGACGACGAAGAACAAAACAAACUGGAACAAGCAUCAUCAAGUUUAUAUCAAUUAAAAUCAUUAAACAUCUCGGACGAUUCGAUAGCAUCGAUUUCAAACAAAAGGGCCAAGAGACGCUCUCACACGCGUUCAAGGAGAUUCUCGGCCAAUUCCAUGAUGUCAGCUGGUCCAGAGGAGCUUGACGAUGAGCAAUUCGACGUUGAAGGGUUAGCUACAGUUACCAGGGCCAUUGAGAAUAACCACGAUAUCGAUACUGCAUUGCUCGAGUUGAACACGUUGAGAAUGUCGAUGAAUGUCACCUACCAUGAAGUGCGCACAGUCACCAGUUUGGCCAUUUUGAAAAAGAUUAGAGAUUUCAUCUCCACUGACACGUUAAAGCCGCAGGAGGCCACCGUCAAGAUGUUUAGCCAUUGGGGUAAGAUGUACAAGAGACAAAUCUUUAGCCCCGAAGAACAAGUGGACUUGUUGAAUAUCUUGGAGACGAGCAUAACCAAACUUGAGCACAACCAAGUCAUUUUGUUUUUUGCGGUGAAGACAUUGUACGAUAUUGACAUUGUGGAGGAAGAUAAUGUGCUACAAUGGUGGGCUCAAGGCGAAGAAUCUCCAGUGAGAGAAUUGACUACUAAAUUUAUCAAUUGGUUAGAAGAGGCUGAAGAAGAUGAUGAUGAAGAAGAAGAAGAAGAAGAAGAAGAGGAAGAAGAGGAAGAAGAAGAGGAAGAGGAAGGAGAUGAAUAG